AUGCACGUCCGUGACGAUACAAGCAGCGCGGCGGGCUGCCGCGCCAGAGGAGGCAGCACGCACGCAGGUGCAGUAAAGAAAGAGUUACAUCCUGAGAACGUUGCUCACUCCGCCCGGCUCGAGUUCGACCUUCAUCCCUUUGUUGACCGACGUGUCCAACGUUGUGUCCAAAACUUCUUUUAUACUGAACAUCUCCCCACAAAGGUGAAGGAAGGUGAUGAGACCGACAGCGGAAACGAAGUCGAAUAUAUUGCUCCAUGUUACAUUGACAUUGAGUUCGAGACUACCGGCGGGGUAUCUCGAGGCCUUCUGGAUGGGCACGAGUUCAACAGCGAGACCACCGAGCUCUUCGCGUACAUGUACAAUCUGACAAGGGCUGCCUCCACCAAGCUCCGUACCGUCAAGAUUCGCGUCGAUGUUGACCCUCAUGAUGUACCAAGACUCACCGGAUUUCUCGAAGCACUGGGCGAUGUAUCCACCCUUAUCGCGCACACGGUGGAGAACUCCGGAUCCUUCUUGGGCAGCAGAAACCUCGUCUUAUUGUCCACCAAGCCUGGGGCUCGGAGAUGGUGA